GCGGCGCGCUGGCGCAAGGAGGAGGGCGAGAUGCCACUGGGAAGGUGGGAGGUGCUGCCAGACAACACCCUGCGGAUCAGGCAGCUGCAGGUGGAGGAUGAGGGCACCUACACCUGCGUGGCUGACAACAGCGUGGGCAGGUCGGAGGCAUCGGGCACCCUCACUGUGCAUGUGCCCCCCCAGCUUGUCACCGGGCCCCACGACCAAGCUGUCACCCCUGGCCAGAGUGUGACUUUCCAGUGCCAGAGCAAGGGAAACCCACCACCCGCUGUCUUCUGGCAGAAGGAGGGGAGCCAGACCCUGCUGUUCCCGGGCCAGCCCCCAGUCCCUUCUGGCCGUGUCUGGGUGAGCCCCAGUGGUGCUUUGACCAUCAUCAACGUCCAGCCCAGCGAUGCCGGCCACUACCUGUGCCAGGCCAUCAGCGUGGCCGGCAGUGUCCUGGCCAGGGCAGGCCUGGAGGUGACAGGGGCACCCACUGAACUCCACCCUCCAGUGCUCAGCUUGCUCCCCACUAACCGGACAGUGCUGCCUGUGGGGGCCACGGUGCUGCUGCCUUGUGGGGCGGGGGCCCAUGACCCUGCAGGCAGUGUGGGGUGGCUGAAGGAUGGCAGUGCCCUGGUAGGUGUGCAGCCCCGUGCCAGCCUGCUGGAGAACGGCACCCUGCAGAUCAGCGGCCUCCGGGUGAGAGACUCCGGGCUCUACAAGUGCGUGACCACCAGCCCAGUGGGUGAGACAAGCUGGGGCAUCUCCUUGGAGGUACAAGGUGAUGAAUCCAACCUCUCGCUGCCUUCCCCUGCACCUGAUCUCCUCCCUGGGCCACCCUCCACCCCUGUGGUCACCAACGUCACUAAGAGCAGUGUCACCCUGAGCUGGAAAGGGAACGAGGACAGUGGUGCCACCGAUGCCACCUCUUACAUAGUGGAGGCUUUCAGCCAGGCAGUGGGUGGCCCGUGGCAGACAGUGGCAGCUGAUGUGGAGAGUGAGACCCACACAGUGACCGGCCUUGUCCCUGACACUGUCUACCUGUUCUUGGUGCGGGCGGUCAACGCCUACGGGCUCAGUGACCCCAGUGGCAUCUCGGAGCCUGUGCGCACGCAAGCAGACACCAACUCCAUGCAGCAAGGGCUGGAUCCUGAGCAGGUGCAGCAGGAGCUGGCACAAGUGGCUGUGCACCUGAAGGAACCUGUGGUGCUGCCACUGGGCACCGUCCACCUCUCCUGGACCGUGGAGCACCAGGCCCCCUUCCUCCAGGGCUACCGGGUGCUGUACCGGCAGCGCGGUGGGCGCUGGGAGGAGGCACGGGCAGUGUGGGCUCCGGGGGAACGGGGGGCCCUGCUCACCGAGCUGCGCUGGGGCCAGGACUACGAGGUCAAGGUCCGACCCUACUUCCAUCACCUCCAUGGUCCCGACAGUGCUGUGCGGGCUCUGCGCACCCCUGAGGCGGCCCCCAGUGCCCCACCACGAGCUGUCAGUGUGGCUGGGAACGGUACCAGCGUCCGCAUCUCAUGGCAGCCACCACCCCUGGCUGAGCAGAACGGGGUCAUCCGCGAUUACCGGAUUUGGUGCCUGGGCAAUGAGAGCCGCUUCCACAUCAACCAGAGCGUGGAGGGGACGGUGCUGGCGACAGUGUUGCAGGGACUUGUCCCCGGGGUCCCUUACCAUGCUGAGGUUGCUGCUGCCACCAGUGCUGGCGUGGGUGCCCGCAGCGCCCCUGUCCCCAUCCACAUUGCCCCCCUGGUGGAGCGAGGUGCGGGGCCAGCAGCUGGGAGCAGCUUGACUGAGCAUCUAGCAGAGGUAGCCAGGCAGCCAGCCUUCAUUGCCGGCGUUGGUGGCGCUUGCUGGGUCGUCCUCGCUGCCUUUGCCGCUUGGCUCUACAGCCGCCGCCGGAGGAAGAAGGAGCUCAGCCACUUCACUGCAUCCUUUGCCUACACACCCACCGUCGCCUUCCCGGCUCCAGUGCGCAGCAACCCCAGGGCAGCUGCCGGCAGUGCUGGUUACCCGUGGCUGGCGGAUGCGUGGCGUGGUGGCAGCACAGCCAGUUCUGCCGGGUGUUUGGGGUCCACUGAGAGAUACUACAAUGAUGCUGGCAUCACCCGUUACAUCGCCCAGACGGAGCAGUUUGGAGUGGGGGCUGCCGAGGGGCCGGUUUACAGCACCAUCGAGGUUGACAGUGAGGAGCUGUGCACGUUCCCCCGUCCCUUCUCACAGUAUGGGACCUCCUACCUUGCGGGGGGUUCCCAGCCAGUGGAUGCUGCAGCCUCCCAGGUGCCCCGUGGCCGGGCUGAGCACGGGGCCAGAGCAAAGCUGGGGCAAGCCGUGAAACCACCGGCGGUGAGCUGGACAGAGCUGCUGCCCCCGCCACCCUCAGCCAGUGAGCUCAGCCAGUGUGCCCAGGAGGAGGAGAAGGAGGAGGAAGAGGAGGAUGAAGAGGAAGAGGCAGCCCGAGGGUUGGGGAUGGAGGUGUGGUACCCUGGUGAGGACAUCCCCUGUGCCACUGCUGCAUCCUCACCCACCACCUCCUCGGGCUGCCGCUCCACCGCCACGCUGACACCCUCACCCCGCACCACGGAGGACAUCCCCCGCCUCCGCGACUUCGAUGGCUCCCUCCUGCCCCGGAGACCCCCGCACGGUGUGGGCACCCCCCCACGGGCACGCAGCCCCUCGGUGGCCCCGGAUGCCAGCGAGGGCCGCCCAGCCCGAGCCCUCUGCCCUCCCGGCACAGGGAAAACCCGCGGGGUGAUCUCCAAAAGUCGCCUGAAGCCCAAAAGCAGCCGCUACCGCCGGGAAAAGCAGACGGGAGAGCUGCCGCCGCCGCCGCUGCCGCCGCCCGGAGAGAGCCCCGGGCCCGGUGCGGGGCCGGAGCCGAGCGGGGCCGAGCGCAGGGUCCCGCAGCGCCCGGGCCGCGAUGAGGCCACCCCCUACAGCAAAGCCCCGUGCCCGCCCCGCGGGCCGGUGUCCGGCAGCUGCUCCACCACCGGCAGCGUCUCGUCCCGCGGCUCCGGCAGCUCCCGCGGGCACGGCUCGGGGCGCAGCCGGACCCCGGCGGAACGCGGAGAGGGCGCCGGGCACGGCCGCCGCACCGGGGCACCCUGCCCGCCGCGGGAGAAGCGAUAA